UUUUUUGUUUGUUACUCGUACAUAGUUGUCUGAGUAAUGUUUGUUUUCCUUUUUUCGUUUGAAAAUAUGAUACAUAAAUCAUAGAAUAUUCCGGCAAUAUUGUUGGAUCAUUCUAUGCUCUAUGAGCAACACGCUUAGAUCGAAAGUUUUUGUAAAAAAAUUGCAGAAAUGAAGUUUUACUUUGCGGAGAGUUUGUAUUUCGCAGUGUUAUGUACAUCAACGUAUUUGUCGUUUGACUAAAGCUCGUUAAGACUAAAAAAAAAAGACUUUUUCCCCAAUGACAUCUCCGUGUAACGCGAUACCGAUGUUUUCCUUUGUCUUUCGUUGAGGCUAACGAGCUUUCCCGUUUAACUGUGAUAUUCGCAUUACUGGGCGCAUUACAUUGUAUAUUUCACUGUCGCUGGAGUCAAUCUGUAGAAUAAAUAUUUCUUUUUUCACUCCUUUGUUAUACGUGCGUGUUGAAAGAACCGCAAUGAUUUUAAAAAUAUUCGUUGAUCCAUGUCCCUCGAAAUUUCCAUAUUGUCCCAAUUUCUUCCACUUGAGAGAUGAAUAAGAAUAAUUUUCGCCGAUUUCGUCCCGACUUCUUCCUUCCGUUCUUUACGUUAAAUUCUGAAUCACUUUUUCCUCCGCAAGUUUACGAUCAAUUACUAACAAUCGUACAACUCCUGCUAUUUCACGUCGCAAAGUUACCCCCUCAAGGCCCUCCAAUCGUGCCGGCACGAUGGACACAGAAAGAUUUUAAGGGCGUACAAGGGCAGAUAUUUUGGUGUGGGUCGCCUCAUCGAAAAAAAAAAAGAUAGAAAGAGAAUGAGAGAGAAGAAAAAAAAGCGUCAGGUAUUGUUAUGUACGCUGCCGAAAGUUUCAUACUCAUUACUCUUUCAAGCAUUUUUUCUUUGUACAUAUAAUACAUGUAAUCACCGAUUUGCCAUGGCGGUAGAAUCGUAGUCUCAGGGUUGCAAGCAAGCAAACACGAUACAAACGAUAGGCACAUUCAAAUAGUUAAGCGAAUUUAUCUCUGUCAAACAUUAUAGAAAUAGUAAAUAAAAUGAUAGAUUUAAACGAGGGGAAAGAAUAGGGCGUUAAAAUAAAAAUGCGAUGCGUUACGUAGAAGUUUGCGAGAUUACGAAGGGUAGAUAAUCGUUGUGGAAACGAAAGGGAAGCAAAUGCGGCAUGGACAAGGAUGGAACUAUUAUGGAUUAAUUAUUAUAAAAGUAUAAUUAUUGUGAGAGACAUGGUGCGGAAUAAUUAACUAUUAGGGAUUAAUUAGGCUUUUAUUUUUUUUGUGAUGGAGAAGCACGUCGAAUUUUACAAAACUUGCGCUUCGUCGCCGCACAGUUUCUAAACUUUCUGUUUUGAACGCGCGUGAUUUGUCAGACGGUGAUGUGUUAUUUCAUUGAGAUCUCGUAUUAGAGGGUGAUUAAGAUUACGUGUAAUUUAUUGUGGAAGGACGAUUCAAGAUAUAUUGAAGAUUCUUUCGCGAAAUAAAAAAUGUGAUGCAACGUGACUCUCUUCUUUCCCGAGGAUAAGGAAAGGAUAAGGAAAUGACGAUUGUAUAGCGCUAAUAAUACGUGGCUAAGUAAGUUCCUUCGACGGCAGAGAUCUUGCCCUUUCGACUUUGCGAUACGCAAACGCGUCUAUAUUGAGAGUGUAUUAUAUACAGUUCGUAUAUAAACGUAUACGUACAAGAUGUGUGGCAGGCGGGCUGCGAUUUCGAGAUUUUUUAUAUUUGCAGAGCGGAUUGUUUGUAAGUGCGGAUUUGAACGAUCUCUCUUCAGGCUUUCCCUUAAUUAUAUAAAAAUCGUGCGAAAUUGUUGAGCUUUUUUAGUUUUUUGUCUUACGAGUUAUCACUUUUCCUGUCUCAAGUCCGUCGAUGUGAUUCGCGUCUGUAAGAAGAAAGAUGAGAUACUGCUUCUACAAUGGUUAUAUAAAUAUGUACGUAUAGUUACUUUGUAAUUAUGACGUGAUAGAUUCUAUACAUAAUUUUUAUAUGUAUGUAUGUUGUAUGUGUAUGAAAGAGAGAAAUAGAGAGAACGCUAUAUAAUUCGGUAUGUAUCUGUAAAAAAAAUGAGGCCGAAGAGAUAAUAUAAAUGUAUCAAUAUUGUCGAUGCAACGCAAUUGCAAACAGUGCGGAGUUUCAUAACGCGAAUAAUUAGAAUAGUUUGUAUGAGAGAAAAAGUGAGAAAGAGAAAAUGAGUGUACGUUAAGAUGACGAUAUAUCUACAACGAGAUGCAGAAAAUAAAUCAACAAACGACACGCUGUAUGGAAUUACCUCGGUAAUAGUGCCUUUGUUCAUUACUCCUUCAAUCCUUCAUAUAUGGAACAAAUAAUUUUUUAUUUUAUUAUGCAACAGAAAUCGCCGAAUCUUUUCAAAUAUCUGUCAGAGGGCAUCGACAAUUUUCAACAUAAAUUGAAAAUUAAUUCUUCUCGUUGAAACUCUCUCUCUCCCUCUCUCUCUCUCCAUAAAAAAGUUAUAAAAUGUUACGCUUUAUUUAACAUUGGAGUUUGUUUCAGCAUUUUUUAACUCUGACCAUAGCUCUGUGUUAAAGUAUUUAAUAUUGGAAAUUUUAAAGAAAUUCUCAUUAUAGUUUUCAGUUGGAAAUGUACAUUUAAUAUGCUAAUAUUGUAACCGCUACAGUGAUGAUUCAACGAUUUCGUUUCCGGUAAGGGAAGUUCACAAAUAAGCUGACUUGCUAUAUAAUAUCAGCGAUUGAAAACACUCUUAUGUGUUCCUGGACGUUUAUCGCGGCGCGGAGGGAUCGGAUGCAGCUCUCGCUUUACAAGAAGCGAGAAUCGCUUUGUAUUUCAUGUGUCGUACCGCGAGUCGCCGGUGAAAAUGUGCCGAUCCUAACGAAACGAAGUGCUCGCAUACCGUCACUUAUCCGCGCAAACAGUUCGAGAAGCGGAAUGUCGCGAGAAAUGUUAUCGUAUGUUUCAAUUCUUUUUUGCGCGGUGUUAAUUGUCAACACGGAAUGUGCGAGUGGCAUUCCAGAUCGCUGUUUGGACCUGGCCAAGUUUGAUGUCAACGAGAUCGAGAAUCAUUUGUCGAAAUUAAAUCUCACGGACGUGCCUACCGUAAACAUGAUGACCGCUGGAUUUAAGUGUCCGAUUUCCGCUCUGCCCUUCGGUACGCUGAAGUCGGACUGGGCCAGACUGUUGUUGCUUCGAGAAGCUCAACCUAAUGGGUCGAUCAUCAAGCUUAAACUCGUUCGGUUGAUGCGAAUAUUGAUAAUUGCUUAUUACCAAAUGGAGGAACGUAUUGACGUGACGGAUUCUGAGGCGAAGAUCGCAAAGAAAUCUAUGAUAGAAGAAACGAUGACGACCGUGGCUGAGGAUAAGAGCCAAUCGCAUUGCCCAAAUAAUAAUUCUUCGAAAGCCGAAAUUUCGAGUAACAAUGUGAUUAAUCAUUGUCCGUGCACGUUUUUGAAUGCAAUGCGAUUGGUUACCAAAAAAGACUCGAGGAUAAAGUCGAACGCGACGAUGAAGAACUUAUCGAGUCCCAACGGGACAAUCACAUUCGCUCCAUCCGACGCGACACGUCGAACGCGAAACGUUACGUCGUCGAGCGAUCUUGACACGACGAUCACGUAUCAUCAGGACGACGCGAAAAAAGCGGCAAUGAGGAUACUCGGUAACUGCUUGAAACAAUCUUUGAAGAAUGUUACGCGACGGCAACCGAGCAAUAAAAUAUUCGAGAUCGUGAAAAAUAAGGCGAAGUCUAUCGAGGAUAACGAAAUCGGCGAUCGCAAGAGAGAUCGCAUCAUUAGGAUAUCGCCGCCGAUAAACGAAUUCUGGCGAUACGUGACGUUUCCCACGAAGUCGCCCUUAACUAUCGCCAGCGUAGCCCCGGCAUAUCGAAUGCGGGAAUUAAAUGGAUUCAGAACAGGUCGGAAGUCGCGAAAACGCGUGAAAUUGAAUAAUGAUAUUUACGAAAGCUUCAGGCAGUUUUAUGGUGCCAAUAAGAAUGCAUAAAGAUGUAAAGAGGACUCUUAAAGUGAAUGUCUUCAUGUAUUGAAACAGUCGGAAAGUUUAUUUUUAUUGGAACUUUGU